UCAAAUCUCGCAAAUAAUUCAAAAUAAUCCCUUAGUCAAGAAUGCCACUGGAGUAUUCUAGUGCCUUUAACUAUACGGGUUAUUUCCUACGGUGCUCGGCUUUCCUCGACGAACACCGGUGGAUCUUCGAACAUUCCAACACAAAGUUUGUGCAAGCUGGCGUUCUUGAUGUGCUACUCGAUCGCACGUGGAUCCAAGAUUUCAAAUCUACCACCAAUGAAGAACUCAACCAAAUUCCGUUGGGCUACGUAAACGAAGAGUGGAGUGCGAGUUUCAAGCAGUUCCUUCACAUGGCCGGUAGUCUUUUGGUGAAAUAUGAACAGAAGAAUUGUUCCAGUGGGAAAGGUGGCGCUUUCAAAGGAGUUAGUCCUAAGAAAUUGUACGAAAUCGAGAAUCUGACUGCUGUUAUUGGUGAAGUUUGUGUUGGGAGCGAAGUCCUGCUGGAUUUUGGAUCAGGUCUGGGAUAUUUAAGCCAAAAUCUACAUUUGAAACAUGAUUUUAAAGUUCUCGGACUGGAAGGUGAUUCCUACCGCGUAAGUGCUGCUCAGCAGAGACAGUUAAAGCUUUUUCCAGAAUCACAUGAACACGUUAAAUACAUCCAACACUUCAUAGAAGAAAACUCUUUUGAGCAAAUUCGAAACAUCAUGGCUACAGAAUUUAGCGAACCUCAUCCUGUGUCAUACGCAAUAGUAGGUCUGCACGCGUGUGCGGAUCUCUCCAUCACCGCCAUCAAAAUGUUCCUUUCGAACGAUUCAAUUACCAGCUUGGUGAUCAUGCCUUGCUGCUACCACAAACUGGUGCCUCAGGAUGAAAGUUGCACAAAUUUUAUGAAUAUUCCCAUCAGCAGUCAGCUAAAGGAGGUUUUGAAAGAUGUUGGGAAUUUUCUAGGACGACCUUUUCUUAGACUCGGUUGCCAACAGACCUCUGCUCGUUGGAACAUAAUGACUUCGGACCAACAUGUUGCACAUGGACAAGCAAUGUUUGAGCGUAGCCUAGUAGAAUCGAUUGUUGGAACGGGGCAAUUGGUGACAGUUAAUAAGCAUACAUCACGCGACGGAAGUCGUAAUCUGUUAGACAGGUAUCAGCUCUGUGAUCAUUCUGAUUCGAAGUGCUGCAAGCCUUGGACAGAUGCGCAUCGGAUGAAAUUAGACGAACUCAGCAGCAAGUAUCCCAACGGAGGUCAACUGUCUGAAUAUUUGACGUGCCUUCAGACGUGCUUGCAGUCCAUUUGCGAAAACCUCAUCUUGCUGGAUCGAAUGUGCUACAUCGAAACGGAAACCGCACUCAAAGGUAUAAACGUACGGAGUAAUCUGGUGAAGCUCGUCAACGAUAAUCUCUCGCCACGUUGCUUCGUUAUCGUAGCCGAGAAGAGCAAAAACCGGUGA